UUCUCAGAGAGAGUCCUUUGGGAAGAGUCACAAAGCGAUUUGCUCAGAGAGGGAGCGGAAAGGCGAGAGAGCUCGGGACUCAUCCGCAGGAAGCAGCGCUGCUCUGGACGCCGCAGAUCCCCAACGCGCCCCGGACCGCUGGGCCGAGGGAGAAGAAGAGAAAGCAAAGUGCGAAAAGAGGAAGAAAUAAGGCUCACGUAGUGAUGACAUCUAGUCUGGGUGCCAGUUGAUCUCUCUUUUCCCGUCUGACAGCUUGAACUGCGGAUCUCGAAGCGCACCGGGAGUGACUUUUUACACACCUUUGCCACCGCCCUUGUUGGUCCCGCUGUCCUCCUGGUGAUUUACACACGUGUCUGGACGUUUUGGAGCCCAGUCACUCCGCUUUAGCACACACUUUCUCACGGGGAACUAGAAUUACAGGAAUAAUUGACUUGGACUUGUGGCGAAGCAGCCGCAGCAGCAGAGAGCGCCACCACGUUGCUCCUUUCGAAGCCGAGUGAAGGAUCCACAGGAGAACAAGUGCUUGAAGCCGAGUGAAGGAUCCACAGGAGAACAAGUGCUUGAAGCCGAGUGAAGGAUCCACAGGAGAACAAGUGCACAGCGCGCCGGGGACAGACCGAGACACCGCGGGACAGGCGGCGAGCUACGGAGGCUCGCUCAUGUUUGGGAUCCAGGAGAGCAUCCAGCGCAGCGGCAGCAGCCUGAAGGAGGAGCCGCUGGGAGGCAUGAACAGUGUCCGGAGCUGGAUGCAGGGGGGUGGCGUGCUGGACGCCAACACGGCCGCCCAAAGUGGAGUGGGUCUGGCCCGGGCUCACUUUGAGAAGCAGCCGCCCUCCAACCUGCGCAAGUCCAACUUCUUCCACUUCGUCCUGGCUCUGUACGACCGGCAGGGUCAGCCGGUGGAGAUCGAGAGGACCAACUUCUUGGGCUUCAUCGAGAAAGAGAAGGAGACGAGCGGAGAGAAGACCAAUAACGGGAUUCAUUACCGGCUGCAGCUUCUUUACAGUAACGGCAUCAGAACAGAGCAGGACUUUUAUGUUCGACUCAUAGACUCCAUGACCAAACAGGCAAUUAUUUAUGAAGGCCAAGACAAGAAUCCAGAGAUGUGCAGAGUGCUGCUGACACAUGAGAUCAUGUGCAGCCGGUGCUGUGACAAGAAGAGCUGUGGAAACCGUAAUGAGACACCCUCAGACCCUGUUAUCAUCGACAGAUUCUUCCUCAAGUUUUUCCUCAAGUGCAACCAGAACUGUCUAAAAAACGCAGGAAACCCACGAGACAUGAGGAGGUUCCAGGUGGUGGUAUCGACUACGGUGAGUGUGGAGGGACAUGUCCUGUCAGUCUCCGACAACAUGUUUGUCCACAACAACUCCAAACAUGGCCGACGGGCCCGCAGACUCGAUCCCGUGGAAGGAACACAGUCUUACCUAGAACACGGAGCAGCUCCUUGCAUUAAAGCCAUCAGCCCCAGUGAGGGGUGGACUACGGGGGGCGCUACAGUCAUCAUCAUAGGAGACAACUUCUUCGAUGGUCUCCAAGUCAUCUUCGGUACCAUGCUGGUUUGGAGCGAGUUGAUUACGCCACAUGCCAUCCGGGUGCAGACGCCUCCCAGACACAUCCCCGGGGUCGUUGAGGUCACUCUGUCUUACAAGUCCAAACAGUUCUGUAAAGGCACACCAGGAAGGUUCAUAUACACAGCAUUGAAUGAGCCAACCAUUGACUACGGUUUCCAGAGGCUUCAGAAGGUAAUCCCUCGACAUCCUGGGGAUCCCGAGAGGCUGCCAAAGGAGGUUAUUUUAAAGAGAGCAGCCGACUUGGUAGAAGCCCUUUAUGGUUUGCCACAUAAUAACCAGGAGAUCAUUUUGAAACGCGCGGCUGACAUUGCAGAAGCUCUCUACAGCGUUCCUCGAGGACACACCCAGCUCUCAGGCUCCACCCACAGCGGCAUGAUGGGGGUCAACUCCUUCACUGGGCAGCUGUCCGUCAACGUCUCCGAACCCCCACAGGUCAAUCAGGGUUUCGUGCGCAGCAGCAGUAGUGUGUCUCCUCACGGUUACGUGCCCAGCUCCACGCCGCAGCAGACCAGCUACACUUCUGUCACCAGCACCAUGAACGGCUACGCUAACAACACCGGCAUGACCAACCUGGGAGGCUCGCCUACGUUCCUCAACGGCUCUGCAGCCAACUCGCCUUAUGCUAUUGUCCCAUCUAGCCCCACUAUGGCCUCCUCCACCUCUCUCCCCUCCAACUGCUCCUCCUCUUCUGGCGUCUUCUCCUUCUCUCCAGCCAACAUGGUGUCGGCGGCCGUUAAGCAGAAGUCUGCCUUCGCUCCAGUGGUCAGGCCCUCCUCCUCCCCUCCGCUCUCAUGUACCAGCUCCAACGGCAACGGGCUCCAAGAUCAAACAUUUGUGGACUCGAGCAAGUACUCAACAGCCAACUCUCUACAAGGCCUGGCCUUCACCUGAACAAUCCCAGGAAUGAUCGUUCCACCCAUGUAAAAGUGUGCGUGUGUGUGUACGUGCGUGCGUGCGUGCGUGCGUGUGUGUGACUGUGCGAGAUGAACCAAGCACAUUCACACCGAUCCCUGCGGAGGGUUUCGAUGUGAGUCAGACUCCGGUCGGGGAUGGAAGCAACUGUCCCGAUCUGAAGGAACAAACCCAACUCAGGCCCUU